GGGCCGGCGCUUAGCCGGGCGCGGCUCUGCCAUCCCGCCGCGUCCCUUCCCGCUGUGCUGCUGGUGCUGCUGGUGCGGAGGGCGGCGGUGCUUCGUUCCCCCGAGAAGCACGGCGCUGGAAGUGGGAGCUGUGUGCUCCCGUAGCCUAUAGCUCUUAAGCCGCUGCUUCUUUCCUCGCUGCUGGUGCGCGCUCUCAGAUGUAGGCAGCGGUUUGCUGGUGCCUGCCGAUGCUAUCGGUCCCUUUGCUGGGCUCAUCGACACCCACAUUACUCCCCUUUGCAUUCCCUUCUGUAGAGGAGCUGCGGCAGCGUGGCUUGCAGGAGUGGCUGGCAUCACUGUCUUUCGAUAACCUCAACUGCCCCGACCUGCAGCUGUCCAUGGGAGCAGUCAUUGUGGAGGAAAUGAGGGUGGCUGUGGAGAAGGCCACCGGAUUCAGGUGCUCAGCUGGGAUUUCGCACAAUAAAAUGCUGGCAAAACUGGCCUGUGGAUUAAACAAGCCCAACCGCCAGACACUGGUAUCUUCACGAUCUGUCCCACAGCUCUUCAGCCAGAUGCCUGUCAGCAGUAUCCGUAACCUGGGGGGCAAGCUUGGUGUUGCCAUCACAGACAUCCUGGGAGUGGAAUACAUCGGGCAGGUGACGCAGUUCAGUGAGAUGGAGCUCCAGACUCACUUCGGAGACAAGACUGGGUCCUGGCUCUAUGAUCUGUGCAGAGGAAUUGAUGAUGAACCUGUCAAGAACCGCCACUUGCCUCAGUCCAUUGGCUGCAGCAAGAACUUCCCUGGGAAAACAGCCCUGGCUACACAGAAGGAGGUGCAACACUGGCUGCUGCAGCUGGCCUUGGAGCUGGAAUCAAGGCUGAUCAAGGACAGGAGUCAGAACCACAGAGUGGCCAAGCAGCUGAUGGUGGUCAUCCGCAUGCAGGGAGACACUAGGCUGUCACGCUUUUGUGCUGUCACCCGCUACGAUGCCCAGAAGAUCUUCAGUGAUGCCUUUGCCCUCAUCCAAAACUGCAAUAUGGCUGGGACUCACCAGGCGGCCUGGUCUCCACCACUCAUAUCAGUGCACCUCGCAGCUAGCAAGUUCUCUGCUCCCACAUUCCUCUCCGCAGGCAUUGCCUCCUUCCUGACUAGUGACACUUCACCUGAUGGCACUGCUGCUGGCAGCACAGAGGCCACAUCUUCCACGAGACCUAGGGUCAAAUUUUUCAGGAGCCCAAGCAAAGAGCAUAGACAGAAGCCAGCUAAUGCUAUUGAGUCGUUCUUCCAAAAGGUGACAGAAAGGCAGCAGUCACAGGCAAUACUAACCAGCCUGCCAGCUGCUACCCAUGCUCAGUCACCUGCACCCAGCUCCCUGGAGCACCCAGAGGGAGAUGGUGCAGGACUUGCCUCUGAGCAGCGUGAGCUGGAGGCCUCUGUGAAGCAGAGUUCCAGAGAUGGAAGCCGUGCUUUUCCUUACAAGAGGCCGCCCUGUGAGGAGCUGCUGUCUGAUGCUGCACAAACACCCUCAACUCCACCCAGCUCCAGGAUCCUUCUGAAGUCAGAGCCAGCUCUGGAGGAAAAUGAGCAGAAUUUGCCAUCCUCUGAGAAAGCCCUGCUCCCUCAUGUCUCACCAGGGGACCAGCAGUGCUGUGAGAAGUGUGGCCAAUAUGUGCUGGCCUGGGAGCUCCCAGAGCACAUGGACUACCACUUUGCUGUGGAGCUGCAACGCUCCUUCCAGGAGUCCAGCUCCCCACCAGCUCUAGCAGAGGUUCCCAACCCCAAGGCUGCAGCUUCUGGGUCUCCUGCCAAGGUGAGAAACAGGCCCAAGACUCCAACAGGACCUAAUGCAAAACGACCUCGGGAAAGCGUGACAAGGACUUUAGAUUUUUUCUUUAAGCGCUUAUCUCCUUAACGCACAGUCAUGCUGGAAGUUCUUAGAGAAUCAGUGUUUUUAAAAACAAAAUCUUUUAUACUGCUUUUCAGGUUUUAGUCCAGAGAAAUAUAAUAAAUUAUCUCCAACUCUAA